AUGAAUAUCUGUACCGGUGUUGCAACAACAAUCAUCCCAGACUUGCUACGUAAAGCAUGGGAGGAACUUCAGUAUCAGCGUAAACACAAGAGUUAUGUUCAAGACUUCAAAAACAAACAAGAAGAGUUGUUAGCUACAGUGAAAAGUGUAGAGCUAAUGAUAGACGAAGCCAAGAAAAGAAAUGAGACUCAGGUUGAACCUAUAGUUGAACACUGGCUUAAAAGUGCCAAUGAAGUUUUACACCAAGACACUAAACCAGCCAAAUGCUUUGGCUUGUGUACAAAUUGCUGCUCGCAAAUUGCACAAGCCAAGGAGUUGGAAAAAUUGACGAAAGAGCGGAUCUCGAAAAUGAUCGCUAAAGUUGAACAAUUUCCUAAAGAAGUAGCGUAUGCUGCUGGAGUGCCAAGCAUGGAAUUCUAUUCACAAGAGUUCAUGUCCUUUGAGAGUAGAAAGGCAAAGUUUGAGAAAUUGAGGAAGGAAUUAGAAGAUGAAAAUAACAAGAUAAUAGGGUUGCAUGGGAUGGCAGGAACGGGGAAAUCCACAAUGGCAAUAGAAGUUGGGAAGCAAAUUGAAAAGUCAAAUUCCUUUGAUAGAGUCAUGUUCGUCAGUGUGUCCACCCCUGUGGAUGAGAAAAUGAUUCGGGAUGACAUUGCAAAGCAAUUGGAAUUGCAAUUAGAGGAAGAGAAGCUAUUGACCCACGCGGAACAAAUAUGGAUCAAGAUUGCUUACAAGGGAAGGGUACUCAUUAUCCUUGAUGAUGUCUGGGAAAAGCUUGAUCUUAAGAAUUUGGGGAUUCAGCCAGGCUUCCAUAGAAAGGGUCGUUGCACUGUUUUGCUAACCACACAUUAUGUGAAUGUUUGUACCCUAAUGGAAUGCCAAAAGAAGAUUAAGCUAGAGGACUUAGAUGCAAAUGAGGCAUUGAAUCUUUUCCUUUUUCAUGUUGGUCAAGAUUGCCCUGAUGAUUUGAAGAAGGUGGCAGUGGAUAUUGUGAAUGAGUGUGGAAGAUUACCAGUUAUGGUUGUAGCAAUGGCAAAAUCCUUAAAAGACUGGCCUCCAAAAGAUUGGCAACGUGCUUUGAUAGCAUUGAGAAGUGCUAAUGAACCCUCAAGUCAUGGGAUUGUUGAUGACAAUAUGAGAAAGUUUUAUAAUUCUUUGAAGUUAAGCUAUACUUAUCUGAAAGAUAAACAAGCCCAAGUUCUCUUCCUACUGUGCUCUAUAUUCCCAAAAGCUUAUGAAAUACCAAUAGAGCUUUUAAGUAGGAUUGCUAUAGGAUUAGGGCUAUUUGGAGAAGCUGACAAAUAUGAUGCAACAAGAAGUCAAGUAUAUGUGAAGAAAAACAAGCUCAUAAAUUCUUCUUUAUUGUUGAGGGUUGGUGAAGAAUGUGUAAAGAUGAAUGAUUUGAUUCGCAAAGUGGCUAUGAAGAUAGCAAAUGAAGAGAUUCAAGUGAUCAUGGAUUCUAAGACAAAUUUGAAGGAGAAUAUCAAAUAUUCAUCUUGGGUCACAAACGCCUUUCCCAGUUGUUUUGAUGAUAGCAAACUCGAGGUUCUCUUAGUAUGGAUAAAUACAAAUGGUUCUUUGGAAAUUUCAAAUUCAGUCUUUGGAGCAAUGAAGUGUCUUAGAGUUUUGCUUUUGCAUUCAAAAAUUGAGUUUGGUAGAACUUCUGCUCUAUUGCUACCAAAAUCAAUUCAGUCACUAAAACAUAUUCGAACACUAUCUCUUAUAAAUUGGGAGUUGGGUGACAUAUCUGUGUUGAUGAGGAACUUAAGAAAGCUAGAGUCUCUAGAAUUAAGUAAUUGUUCAAUUAUUGAAUUGCCAAAAGAAAUUGGUGAGCUAGAUAAGUUGAGAUUUCUAAGCUUGAUACGUUGUUCAGUUAGAAACAGCAAUCCAUUUGAAGUGAUUCCAAGAUGCUUGCAAUUGGAAGAAUUGUAUUAUGUUUCAAAUGAUGAUCAGAUGCCUCAGAGCAGAAAGGUUCCUCAAAUUACAACCUGUCCUAAUUCUCAAAUAUACCAUAUAGAUGGCAGCGACUUCUCUGCCUUUGAUUCUUCUCAGCUGGAUGCUUCAAUAAAAAAAUGUUUCAAGCCCGCCAAGUUACAAAGAAUUUUCUCCAAUGAAGUUAUUAAAUCUUUGGCGGCAAGAGCAGAGAUUUUAGAGCUAGAAGGAGAUAAUGAAGCAGGCUGGAGCAAUCUUAUUCCUGACAUUGUUUCAAUUGAAGAUGAUGGAGCCGCGAAAGACUUAAUCAAGCUUUCUUUGAAGGAAUGGUCUAAGAUGAAGUGUUUGAUCUAUACAGACAAUCCUCAACAUAAAUAUGGAGUGACUAUCUUCUCCAAGUUAAUUGAACUACAACUUGAUGGAGUGGCUGUGACAGAAAUAUGUUGUGGUCAGUAUCCUGACAGUUUUCUCAAGCAGCUAGAGAAGCUGGAGUUAAUUAGAUGUCAAAAGUUGGAAAGCACAUUAUUUAAAGGGAAGCUAGAGCUGGGUAACCUUAAGUUCAUAAAAAUAAAGCGUUGUUCAAUGACUUGUCUUUUUCAUCCGUCCACUGCUCAAAGUCUAGAGAACCUAGAGACGUUGAAGAUAGCUAGAUGUUCUAAGCUGAAAUACAUAAUAAGUGAUGAGGGAUCGUCAACAGCAAAAAAAGUGGAUGAUAAAGAUCCUACUCCAAUAAGGAGUCAUGACUCAAUGUUCCCAAAAUUGAAACAACUCAAUGUUGUUGUGUGUGACGAAUUGGAAUUCAUUUUGCCGACUUGUUUUUACGAAGAGCUUCCUCUAUUGGAAGGUGUGGAGAUUUUUCGUUGUGAGAAGCUAAAAUACAUGUUUGGGCAAUAUUCAAAAGAGGGAGGGUUGCAUCAAAUGCAAAAAGAAAACGCACUCCCUAGUUUGAAAGUAAUGUCUAUUGAAUGUGUUCCAUCAUUUGUCAGCAUAUAUGAAGAAUGUUAUCUCCCAGAAAAAUCCGUAGCAAAUACAAGUGAGGAGUCAAAGGACUGCAAAGACAAGAGUCCAAGUAGCAAUGUUUCUUGGGGUCCUUUAUGUUGUUUUCUGCCAAAAUCAGAAACUGCAAAUACUACUUCACGGAAUAAAUAUGUUGGCAACAGAGCUCAUGGAAUUUUUACACCACCGUUAUACCGAUGCUAUGUGAGAGAGGGGGCUAGAGAGUUGAAAUAUGUAUUUGGAAAAUCUUGUGGUGAUGAUAAGUUACUUCAACAAAAGCAGAAUACUAAGAUUCAUCUACCAGCUCUCAACAGAGAACUUCCUAUAAGCUCUUUUAUAGAUGUAUCAGUGGAGAGGCAUGAAGGACAAGGACAACUGUCAAGAAAAAAGCUAAUUGGGAUGCGCUUGUGCAAUUUGAAACAUCUUUCUUUGGCAUCCUUCAACGUGGAAACAAUUUAUGAUCUUGAAAUACUUCAAAUUGCAAGUCCUGUGAAUUCAAGCUUGAAAACCCUGAUUUUGCGAAGACUGGAUAAGCUAAGAAACAUAUGUGUGGGACAAAAAAAUCAUCUUAGCUUUCAAUAUCUUUCCAAGCUUGAUAUCUAUAGGUGCGAUCAGCUGAAAUUCGUUUUGCCUACAUCUAUCUCGAGAGGCCUAACAUGUUUGAGACACCUAGAAGUGUCAGAUUGUGGAGAGCUAGAGCGCAUCAUUGAGGAUGAUGAUGAUGAAGAAUGUUCUUUCCCAAAUCUCCAUAGGAUUAUUGUGGAAGACUGCGAGAGGCUGAAAUGCCUACUCUCUAUCUCCACACGUGGCAGCUUUCCACAGCUCUCGUGGUUGUCUAUAUCAGAUGCCCCAGAGAUGGAGCAAGUAUUUGGAGGGAAGCAGGGCGCAACACGAGAGUUGCACAUCAAGCAUGUGUUCCCAAAGCUAUUUGUGAUAAUCCUUGAAGAUCUACCAAAACUUCAUACUAUCUGCCCUGCAAUUGAUUUCCAGACCGUGAUAUGCCGUCGAGUAGAAGAGUGUCCCAAGCUCUCUUUAACUUCAACUGAUAAUGUUGACUUCAUUGGUGGUUAUAUGGAUUGUUUUCACGAAUCUGAGAAUGCGAAGGGCAACAUGGAUGACGAUGAUCUUUCUGAACAGCUUCUUAAUAGGGCAAGAGAAGUAGCAGAGAAGGUUAUAAAGAGAGAUCGACCAGCAGCACAACAAAACAAUGGUUCAUCAAAUAUUAAGGAAAUAACAGAGGCAUGUGUUGAAGACGGUCCAAAAGCAGAGGAGGCCGAAGAAGCUGAUGAAGGGAAGGAUUCAGAACAAACUAGCAACAACCCUGCUCCUUCACAAAUUAAGGAAAUCACAGAGGCAAGUGAUGAAGACAGUCCAAAAUCAGAGGAAGCUACAAAAGCUGGUGACGUCAAGGAUUCAGAACAAACCAACAAAUCCGCACCAUUUGCUGCUUCUUCACAAAUUGAAUCUCCACAAGAUAAUAAUAAGGAUCACAUUGAGGGCGGGGGCAAGAGAAUCACACUUGAUCAACAAGCACUAUCAAAAACACAACCUGAUAUGCAUCUUGACGAUUCACAAAAGAAUAGUGAAGCAAGUGUUGGUGAAACAUCAAAUAAAAUUGCAAUGCCAAUUCCAUCAACUACUACUGAAACAAGCUCCCCAUUGAUCCCUUCAAUCUCUACUCCCAUGAAGCCUCAAAUAUCAUCUUUAGCUACUGAAACAAAAGCAGAGACUUCACAAUCAGACCAUCUAGAUAUUUACAUUACUGAAUCUGCACAAGAUGAAAUUAAGGCCAGUCAAACAGAAACUUGCAUGCCUUAUGUGUCUAAACAACUUGAGGAUGAUGAACUAAUGAGAUUAUUCCAAACAAUGGAGGAAGGUGCUGCUCAUGAAGAUGAUAUCACUAAGGCUCUUGCUGAUUUGGAAGUCUCAUUGAAGAUGAAUCUAAAUGAAAUAGCUAGCUCCGAAGAAAGCAGACUUUGCCUUCAAAAUUCUCUUCACAUCUUGUCCUCGCAUAGUUCCGAUGAUGGACUCAAAGCUACAAUACACUCUUUACAACAAGAAAUCGAAACUAUUCUAUCUUCCUUCAAGCAAGCCUGUUCUGCCAUUGACGCAACGACCAAGCUUGAACAAAAAGAGAAGCUGAUGGUUGAACAACGUUCACAACGAAAAGAAGCAGCAAUGACUCUUUUAUCUGAAAUUCACAAGACUCAAAAUUCUAUGGUUGAGGCUCAAACAAGGGAAGAAGUGUUGAAGGAGCAAAUCUCUAAGUUACAGGAUGAACUGUGUAACAAAGAAAAAGUAAUCAAAGAGUGUGAGGUCAAACUUUCGUCUCUACAAGAGCAAAAGAAGAAGUGUGUUUCAGACACCAUGGGAUUCAAAAAAGAGUUGGAAGCAGUGAAGAAAGAAAGGUCUCACAUGGUGGUUGACCAAAUAAAAGCAAGGCAUCAACUAGAGAAUGUGAACUCCAAGUGGUCUUCUUGUCUAGCCAAUUUGAAGAAAACCUCAUUACAUUUGGGAAUUCAUCUUAAGCAGAAGCUUUGA